AUGGUGGUGGUCAUAUUCUGCUUGCUUGUGUCCAUCGUUAUUGUAUCAGCAAGAUGGGUAGAUAAUGGAUCUAAAAGUUCGCAGAAGGUGCAUGUGCAUGAAGACAUCGGAAAUGACGGAAUCCAUUCUCGCGUGAAACGAGCUUAUGGAUGCACAUAUAUGAGCAGCAACAAUGCGGAAUGCAACAUGCAUUGCAAACUCGUUGAAAAAUGCAAUUGGGGUCAAUGCGAAGGGUGGGCUAAUCACCUUUGCCGCUGCAAAAUCGCGACAACAGCUACUGCUGAAAGAAGU